AUGCAGAAAAGCAUACGGUUGGACCUCAAGGAAGAUGCCAAGUCACACCUGGAAUUUGGCCGAGCAUUGCAGGCAGAGAACCAGUCACUCAGAGAGAAGCUUUUACGGCUUGGUCAUUCUCCGGCAGAAUUGCAAGGAUUGACAGCCCAAAGCAAGUCACCACGCGCCGUGCGCGUGGUUCGUCCAAGUGCACAAGAAAUUCAACAAGCCAGGGACUUUCUGACCUCCAAGUACCCUGACAGAUGCGCCUUCCCGAAGGCAACUUCUGGUGAGUCGCGGCUGCGAGACUUGCUUAGGUCCAAGCUGGAGUUGCAAACAUGUCAGGAAGAGGUGAAGAAGCUUGAAAUGGAAGGUUCGAUUUUUUUAAGCCAAGUCCACAGCACUGCAGACACGAUUCAGAUCUCAGGUGCAGAUCAACUGUUUUUCUCAUCGUGGUGUGAGGUCUUCCCACUGAACAGUGUCACCAUGUGUCACCAAAAGUCUGGGUGGACCAAGUGUGAUGCCAAAAAGUGCCCGACCAUUGACCGGCCACAGCGACCCAACUUAGGCAGCGUUGCAGGUCCUCCGCCGUUUCUGGCGCAAUCCUGCUUCAGUGCUGCUGGUGUUGCGGCUGCUCGAGUACUUGGUGUCUUUGUGGGCCAGGCCUGGUGGCGACGGCACGUGCACUCCAAAAGGCAGGUCUUGAACCCAGAGGAUGAGCUGGAGCUCGACUUGGUCCAAGGCCGGUGGGCAAAAGGAUCAGCGGAUGUGAGGUGCCUACUCACUGCUGAGAAUCUUCUCAACCUUGGUCGUGUUGAGAAGAGAACGCUCUUUCAGGUUUCAGCAAAGAAGCUCUUGGCCAAGAAUGAGCAUUUGCUGGGCAUUCUGACAAAUGCAGCGCAACAUUGCCAUGAGCAGAGUCACAAUUGCCUGGUCACGCGCUGGUUGCCCCCCAAUGAGCGAUAUCAUAUCCUGCAGGCCUCAGUCAAUGCCAUGAGUUCAAUGUUUGGUCCCCAAUAUGUGCACCAGAAUGCCUUGGGCCAAUCUGGUGCAGACCUUUUCAAGUCCACUUGGUACUGUGUUACCAUUAUGACACCAACCCGUGCAGAGAAUCACCUGCCAUCCGAGCAGCAGGUUUCCCAGACUUCUCAGAGCUUGGAGACCUGCACGUUCACGGACAUGACGCGAACGCCACGGCCCACCCUCCGAAUCGUUAUUGUGCAUGAGUCGGAAAUCAGGGCAAUCGCUGACGGAAAGUUGCAGCCACCAAGCUGGGGCUUUUUCAACAGCCGCCAUGCCGAACGCUACCGCAUGCUCUGUGACUUCAGUCGGAAUUUCCAGCAGCAGCUGAUUCGAACUCCAGCAGAUUCCUCAUCAAUGAGUUCCCGCAGUCCUUUCACAAGCGAACGGACGCACAAAUCGGAACACGAGCGCAAGCCUGAUGGCGGAAUGAUGAAACGAGUAGUGUCUCAGCCCAACCUGCAGAAAGCGGGUCUAAACCGACCCUUGUCCAUAGACCGCAUCAAAGGUCGCGGCGAAGCAAGCAUGGUGGAGAGAUUGAAGGAGGCUGCGGCCUUGGCAGAUGAGAAGGAAAAAUCCCUGGGAGCAUCGGAUGAGAACUGCUUCCUGCGUUUGCACGUGUUCCAAGCUCAGGGCACCAGGGUAUCAAAAGGCCUCACUACGUGGGCCCCAGCAACUUCCAAGCCAAGUCGUCAAGUCAUGGGAGCUCAGGUGCAGCGAUCACGGCCAUCAUGGUGGCAUCCACGGUUUGAGGGACAACGGCGCGCCGGUCUCUCCAAUGACACCGCAGAAUCCAUGGGAUUCCAAGAAGGUGACAUUGGCAGUGCCAUAGCAGGUGCCACCUCCAGUUGUGCCUGCAAUUCCAAGAUCUUCCAAGCUCGCAGGGCUUGGACUAGCGAUGCCAUGCGACUACAGCUACACAAGGCGAGUGAGGCCAUCCGCAAGGCCGACGCCGAAGCGUUGGCCUGGCGCCAAGCGCGACGGGAGGUUCUCCAAGGUGGAGACGCAGCAUCAGCAUCCCUGAAGCUGGCUCAGGCCUCGCUCCUGCAGAAACGGGAGCAGCUAAAAGUCUUGCGCCUUGAAGUCCGGCGUGGGCAGCUUUC